AUGCCGACUCGGAUAAGUCCAAUCGAGAAGUUUGCCAAAGCUGCUGCCAAAUGCUCAGUUGAGUCUUCAGCAUAUGGGAAGUGCAUAGUAGUAGACUACAAUUCAGUCCAUAAAGACAAAUGUCUCACGGAGUUUUUACGAUUAAAGAAUUGCUAUUUAGCUGCUGCUAAGAAGCCAUAA